UCUCACUUUUUACCUCCGAUCGUGUGCGCUGUGGAGACCAGGCGCGUUCAAAACAGCGCUUCAAGCGGCUUCAGGGGGGAAAAAACUUUCUCAGCAGAUAUAUCCAGUACCACCUUUCUCAUGGUCAAGUGAAGAAAUGAGUCACUGGUUAAAAUGGAUUUUCUUCUGGGUAGUAAAUGCCGUUCCUUUGACUGCUGGCAUGGCAGUAAAUAAUAAAACAGGUCAUUUAUGUCCUCCUUUAAAACUGGAGAAAGGAUGGCAUUCCAACAUGAACGACCGUCAUGAAUACACAGGAUUUGAUUUGGCAGAAAAGUUUGCUCUCCGGAAGGGAACAAGUACAGAAGACAGACCUUUCUUCAGAUUAGGCAGCAAGCCCCUGGUCAAAGCCACUGAGUUGGUGUUUCCAAAUGGACUGUCUCAUGAGUAUUCCCUGGUUACUACGUUCCGACUCCGAAAAACUACAAAGAAGGAUCGCUGGUUUAUUUGGCAGCUCAUUGACCAGACUGGAGAAUCACAAGUAUCACUAGUAGUGGAUGGAGCUAAAAAAGUGGUUGAAUUUUCAGCAAUGGGUUUUCUGAAGAACAAACUCUACUAUGUAUUUAAAAACCGGGAUCUGCAUAUCCUCUUUGAUCGCCAGUGGCAUAAACUUGGGGUGUCUGUACAAAGCACUACUGUAGCAGUCUACAUUGACUGUAAGCUGAUUGAGACGCGUCUAACGGGAGAUAGAGACGCAGUAGACUUGGAUGGACGUGCAUCGAUCACCUCCAGGGUGGAGGAUGGACGACCAGUGGAUAUUGAGCUUCAGGAGAUUCUAAUCUUUUGUGAUCCCCAAGUGGCCGAAGAGGACAAUUGCUGUGACGCAUCAGGAGCCUUAUGUGCUGUUAGAAAAACACAUGCUUCUACACCUUUCCCACUGCUCCCGGGUUACAAGCACCAAAUGCUGUCCACGCCAACCCAACAACCCGCUGACCAAUGCAAAUGCCGGGCUGAAAAGGGAGAGUCUGGUUAUCCUGGUGUGGCUGGACUUCCUGGAGCAAAAGGAGAGAAGGGGGAUUCAGGAAGUAACGGGUAUCCUGGCAUUCCUGGGGAGAAGGGUGACACGGGCAUUACUGGCAUGCCUGGCUUAGCCGGUCACCCAGGGAGUAAGGGUGAGCCUGGACCCUCUGGAGAGCGAGGGACUGAUGGAGAAAAGGGUGAAAAGGGAGCUACAGGAGAACUUGGUCCCAUUGGAACACCAGGACUGGAUGGUUUGAAAGGAGACCCAGGCCUUGCGGGUCGACCUGGACUCAAAGGUGAUAAAGGAGACGCAGGCCCUCCAGGCCCACCUGGGCAGUCUAUCAUAAAAGAAGGUCAAAAGGGAGAUCAGGGAGAAGCUGGUUUACCUGGUCCACCAGGACCCCCAGGAAAAGAGGGCAAAAGGGGUCGCAGAGGACACUCAGGGGAGCCUGGGAUUCCGGGACCACCGGGGCCUCCUGGAUCAUCUGAAGGUGGAGACACCAAGGGGGAGAAAGGAGAACAAGGUGUGAUGGGAGAAAUGGGACAGAGGGGGGAGAAAGGGGAUGCAGGACUGCCUGGUCAAGAGGGUGCCCUUGGCAUUAAAGGACAGAAGGGUGAAGUUGGUCCCAGAGGACCCCCAGGCCCAGUGAUGACAGCUCAUGGGCUCAGACAUCUCUCUGUACCUAGUGAAGCAGGGGAGAAGGGAGAGAAAGGUGAAAAAGGAGACAUGGGUGAAAAAGGCAUUCCAGGGCUGUCAGGUGUCAAGGGAAAUGAUGGAUUGCCUGGACAAAUGGGAAAGCCAGGUUCACAGGGCAAAGACGGAUUACCAGGUCCUGCUGGACUUCCAGGUCUUUCAGGAGAAAAGGGAAUAGUAGGGGAGUCAGGAGCACCAGGGAGAGAUGGAGAGAAAGGACAGAAGGGUGAUGCCGGUGGAAUCCGAGGGCCACAAGGCCCACCAGGUCCCAAGGGUGAGCCUGGGGUUGGAGCACUUGGUUAUACUGCAGAGGUAAUACCUGGGCCAAGAGGAUCAAGAGGGCCAAAGGGUGAGAGGGGAAUGCCAGGAAUAUCAGGAGAGCCAGGAGAGAAAGGAGAACCUGGUGUGGGAGUUCAUGGUCCACCUGGCCUGAUGGGACCAAAGGGGGAGCCAGGAAUAGAGGGUCCUCGUGGCCCUCCAGGGUUACAUGGCCCCCCUGGAACCCCAGGAAACCCGGGCCCUCCAGGUCGUGAAGGCAAACCGGGUCCUCCUGGUGAACCAACAGCACUGCCCAUUGUUGGAGAUUAUGGAUCACUUCUGAAGAAUGCCUGCAGUGUGUGCCAGACCAGAAUACCAGGAUUACCAGGACAAAAAGGGGAAAAAGGAGCACCUGGAGCUUCUGGUGUAGAGGGCAUUCAGGGGGACAAAGGUGAUCAGGGACUGAGAGGUCCAGUUGGUAACCCAGGAAAAGAGGGGCCUAAGGGUGUGAAGGGAGAGAGAGGGUUUCCUGGCCCAGUCGGGGAAAAAGGUGAUGAGGGUCCUUCUGGUGUGCCAGGACUCCCAGGUGCAACAGGUCGAACUGGAAAUCCUGGACCCACUGGCAGACCUGGAAUUUCAGGACCAGCAGGACCCAAGGGGGAACAGGGCAGCAAGGGUCCACCAGGCAGACCUGGACUUCCUGGACCUCCUGGUGUCCCCUAUACAGAUGGGAAUGGAAUGAGCAGUUUGUACAAGCUGCAGGGUGGAGGACAACCAGGACCACCAGGACCACCGGGGCCCAAAGGGGAUGAGGGAAAAGUCGGUGAACCUGGACCAAUGGGAUUGCCAGGCUUUGAAGGACUGCCUGGAGCUAAAGGAGACCCUGGCAUGCCUGGUACACCUGGACUCCCAGGCCCUAUUGGAAAACCCGGGGCUCGUGGUGAGGCAGGAAUCCCAGGAGAGCCAGGAGCGCGAGGGCCUGUGGGAGAGACCGGUUUCCCAGGACCUGAAGGACCUCCAGGUGUACCUGGUCGACCUGGAAAAGAUGGAAUUCCUGGACAUGGGGGACCAGCUGGCACUCCUGGUGAUAGAGGAUCCAAAGGAGAGCGGGGUGAUCCUGGAAUCCCUGGUGAGAGAGGUGUGCAAGGGGAGAGGGGACGACAUGGAGAAAGAGGGCCUUCUGGACCCCAAGGCCUGCCUGGUGAAAAGGGACAUCCUGGUUCACCUGGUCCCGUAGGAUCACUGCUGAACGAUUACAAUACCAUGAAGGAAAUCAAAAUGUUGAUCCAAAAUGAAGUAUUGCGUGUGUUUGAAGCAAGGUUAUCCAGUUACACCCUGCAAGAACAACUGCCAGCAGCGAUAUUGGCUGCACAUGGCCGUCAAGGCCCUCCAGGGCCCCCUGGGAACGAUGGGUCUCCAGGUCCCCCUGGAGAGCAAGGACCUCCAGGCCCUCAAGGCUAUCGAGGACAGAAAGGAGAGAGGGGUCAAAUAGGCCUGGGAAUCCUAGGUGCACCCGGCCCUGCAGGCCCACCAGGCACACCUGGAAUAGGACUCCCAGGGCCUCAGGGCCCACAGGGAAGAUGUGAGCCAAAUGAGUGCACGCAUGGUUUGCCCCACACCAAUUAGGAGGUCUAGAGUACAUUCUGUAGCCUUUCUGCCCAAGUCCAGUGUGGAGCCAACAAAGAGCAAAAAUGCACUGUUUACUCAGUGUAAAAUAGCAGACACUGGCAUGGAAAAAAUAUAUCUUCCUUAUGUGUUGCCAAAUGCGUAUUUGUAUUCGAAUGAUUUUCAGAAACUAAUUUGUUUAUUCAUUAUUUCAUGAUCAGUAAAGAACCUCAGUUCCUGUUCAUAAUAACUUUUUCUCCUAUGUGUGACCAAAUGUAUUGCAUACUAGACAGUUGAUCUCAGGGUUUCUUUGUUUUUGUUUUUUUGUUUGUUUGUUUUUGCAGAAUAGAUAAGCUUGGUUCUUAAAUCCGUAUUUACCUCAGCUUCUUUUUGUGCAAGAGAGACAAAUAGAUUUAUUACAGGUGUGAUUAAACUACAGAAUAUUAAUAUAUUAAUAGAUCAUAAAUAUGAUCAUGAAUAUUGUGUAAAGAUUGUAGUGUGUUUAGCUUAAAGUGUAUGAAACUUUUUUCAAAUGUAGAAUUUCAAGUGCAGGCUAUAGAGUAUUUGAGAAGAACAUUAAUCUUGACAAUAAAAGUGUUUUUUUUGUUUUGUUUAACCAGUCAUUACUGUAAAUAUGUUCCCCAUUGAUUAAACAUUUUGUACAUCUGUGAAUGAGUAUUUUUUACUGCUUUUAAUGUAUUGAAACCAUUGAACCACUAGCAGAAGCAUGUUGAACUACACAGUACAGUUGGGUAAAACUAGUUUGGUUUAUUGGUUGUGUUUAUAAUGUGAGGAAGGAAGAAGUAUUUAGUGUUUACAAUUGUGCAUGCAACAUAAUCUUCCCACCAGCUUAUUCAUGCUGUAUGUAUAUUUUGGCUUUUCAGAUGCAAAUACUAUACACUGAUGAUUUUAUACAGUGCUUUUUAUUAUUUUGCAAGCCUUUUUAUCUAUUAAAGGAUGGUUAAAGUUACCUGAAAAUGCCACAUCCAUCCUUAGCUACACAACUCAAAUGUUAUUUAAAUGUUGUACAUUUUUUCACUGCAUUCGCUUCAAAUGUUUCUAUGCAAAUUGAUUCCUUAUUUAUUACUGUUUUGAUUUUAGCAGGGGUUGGUUUUAUGUUUGUUUGUUAUUUCGAAUAAAAAGCCCCUUUAAAGAUG